GUUAGCUUGUCCGGCAACUACAUUACGGUUACUAACGCUUCUCCUUGUUCUUCAAAUUAAUAAACUCAUUAUCUACCUCUUAAGCACUAAUACAAUGGACUACGGAGUUGAGUCCUCAGUGAAAUGAAAAAUAGUUUUCGAACACGACACGGGCGCAGUCUGUUACGUUAUUAUUGCUGUCGCAUUAUUUACAGCGUAAGGCUAACGUCAACAUAAAAUAUAAAACGCAAUUUAUUUUGAACAUGCUUUAUUUACAAAAAUAACAAACAAAUCACUUUAUGUCCAUCGGGGAUGUGACGUAUAGCUGUACUUAUCAUUUUAUUGUGGCGAAAGACAUUCAUAACAACCAGUUGCUCCACACUUCCGUAUAGCUUUUAUUUUGAAACGUAUCACCGGAUGUUUCCUACAUCCUUCACGGUGCCGCAGCAGCAGGGGAGGAGAAUUUGGCCGCAGGAUGAUGAUGAGGAUGAGGAUAAUGGCGUUCACUUGGCUGUUGGUGCUGGAGUUGGUGCUGUACGCCAGCUGCUUCGUCUGCGGGAUUGUCACCGCCGCGUCCCUCACCGUCGUUCAGGGUAAUUUUGAUGGCCGCUGCCCGCUCUAUGGAGUUGUGAGCUACAACUCGACCGCAAACGUCCUCGGGGUUCAGGCGUCCAGCUCCGCCUCCUUGUGCUACUUCGUUUCGGCCGUCUCAGUCACGGUGGCCGUGGUGUGCUUCUCGCUGUCCCUCUACUGGUUGCACGCCAUCUGCAUCGACGGCGUCGUUCGCAGGGAGCGCGUGUGGAUGAACGGGGCGGUGAUCGUGUGCGGCGUCUUCCUCUUCUUCCUGCUCAUCUCGGGCUGCAUGCUCAAGAUCGGACAGGAUGCGCUUUGCGACUCCGUGACGCGCGGCGUUCCCAACGUCACCAGCUGCGAGGAGGCCCAGACGAAGAAGUGGGUCGGUCCGAUCAAGGGCGAGAAUUUCUACAGCGGCCUACGAAAAGCAGAGACGGCCGCGUGGGUCAACUUCUUCCUCUGGCUCUUCAUCGGCGUGCUGUUCAUCAUUCAGAGGCGCCAGACCUCGGGGGCAAAGGUGCUCGCGGGAAGCACGGACGGGGCGGCCGGCGAGACGGAGCCCUUUUUCAACUGUCCCGCGAGGCCUCAAUGACGCGGCACCGUAGCUACGCACACACAGCCUUUUUUUUUUUUGUUUGUUUUUUGUACAGACUCUGUUUUUAUUCACGAAAUCCCACACUUAUUGGCUUUGUGUUUGUUUUUAGUAUAUAUAUUGUAUUUAAUGAGUCUGGCAAGUGUUAUUUUAAACAAUCACAGGACUAUGUCCAAUCUACA